AUGACUGAGUUCAAGAUCUUGCGUGGAAGUAGUAAAGCAACAAAUAGGAUUGCUACCUGGUUUUCAGGAGAGCCAACUUUGACAUCUUCAGUGACCUACUUCAAUGACCUAUUUGGAAGUAUCCCAUGGGCAAGAGCUUUAGAAGUCUUUAAUGCUAAAACCAGCCCACAGGAAUCCCAGAUUCUGAAGAUAAGAGAGAGAGUCUGGGGAAAUGAAAACUUCCUGUUGAUCGAGGAGGAUUUGGUCAGAGACUGUCUAACGAAAAUCAAUGCAAAUGACAAGAAAGUUAUCAUCAAUGGAUUCCAGGAGCCUCCUGGACCUCUUGCAGUUCACCAUGUGGUCUUUCCAACAGAUAUCGGAUGGUUGAAGUUUCCCACCAGGACGACAGCCGAGCGUUAUCACUUGUCCUACAAGAUUGUACGAACAGACAGCCGCCUCGUCCGAAGCAUACUGACUGCACAUGGAUUCCAGGAGGUGCACCCUAAUAGCAGCGAUUAUAAUCUCAUGUGGACGGGAUCACACUUGAAGCCCUACUUGCUGCGUUCCCUUACAGAUAUUCAGAAAGUGAAUCAUUUCCCCAGGUCAUAUGAACUGACACGAAAGGACAGACUUUACAAGAAUGUCAGUCGUAUGCAGCUGUCCCAUGGAUUCAAGACGUUCCAUAUCUUACCUCAGACCUUUAUCCUCCCAGCAGAGUACCAGGAGUUCUGCAGUACCUAUUCUAAGGACAGAGGCCCAUGGAUAGUGAAGCCUGUGGCCUCUUCCAGGGGUCGAGGUGUCUACCUGAUAAACAAUCCAAAUCAGAUUGUACUGGAAGACAACAUCCUGGUUUCUCGUUACAUCAGCAACCCCCUGCUCAUAGAUGAUUUCAAAUUUGAUGUGCGCCUGUAUGUUCUGGUUACAUCCUAUGAUCCACUUGUCAUCUAUCUCUAUGAGGAAGGAUUGGCCAGGUUUGCAACUGUGAGGUAUGACCAGGCAUCUAAGAACAUUAAAAACCAAUUUAUGCAUCUGACCAACUACAGUGUCAACAAGAAGAGUGGAGAUUAUGUCAGCUGUGAUGAUCCUGAAGUGGAAGAUUAUGGAAAUAAGUGGAGCAUGAGCGCAAUGCUGAGGUACUUAAAACAAGAGGGGAGAGACACUGCAGCACUGAUGGCCAGUGUGGAAGACCUGAUUAUCAAGACCGUAGUUUCUGCCGAGCUGGCCAUUGCUACAGCUUGUAAAACUUUUCUUUCACAUCGUGGCAGCUGCUUUGAGCUGUAUGGCUUUGAUGUCCUUAUUGAUGAUACUCUCAAGCCCUGGCUGUUGGAAGUGAACCUAUCCCCAUCACUGGCCUGCGAUGCACCUUUGGACCUCAAGAUCAAAGCAAGCAUGCUCUCAGAUAUGUUCACCCUUGUAGGCUUUGUAUGUCAAGAUCCAGGCCAGCGAUCAAACCGGACUGUUUAUCAUUCAUCUGAGUCUGUCAGGAGAAAUCCAUACCAGAAGCUGCAGCGUCCUGUGUCUGCACAGUCCCAGCCAACAAACACCCGACUGCGUACCCGUCCUCUUUCUGCCAGUGAUGCUGAAAUGAAAAACUUCAUGUCCUCAGGGAGGGAAAAAGCAACAGGAAGGCAAGGAAGCUCUGUGCUAGGUCUCUCCAUGGAAGAGAUAAAAGUUCUUCGUCGAGUGAGAGAUGAGAAUGAACGGAGAGGAGGUUUCAUCCGCAUAUUCCCUACCCCAUUAACGUGGGACCUUUAUGGAUCCUUUUUAGAAUACAAGACAUCAAUGAACUACAUGCUGGCUACACGUCUGUUUCAAGACAGGGACAAGAUGAAAGGAGACUUUUUCACGGGAAGAUCUCGGGAAGAUCUUAAUGGGAGGCUGGAUAUGAAUCUGGAAGCUGUAGACUCUCAUUCUCUCUUUUAUGAGAGAAAGCUUGUUUCACUGGAGUUAAGGAAGCACCGGCGAUGUCGUACCAAAGCUAGAGCAGCACAAACAAGGUUAUCAGGGACAUCACAAUCAACAAAGCUGUCCCUCACAGAUACAGAAGGUGAAGAGGAAGAGGGGGCAGCAGAUGAAGAUGAAGAACAAGGUAGAACUCUUGGCUCCCUUUCAAACAGCCAGUUGAAAAGCAAGCCAAAGCUCACUGACCUGGAGAAAACUUCUAGUAAGGAGAUGUUGACAGAAAAACUUGACAAGAAAACAAGAAAUGAAGGAGGGCCAUUUCUUGAAAAGACAGACUUAAAGUCUCAGUUUAACUUGCUGCAGAUUCUUAAAAAAAAUGGAAAUCUAAGCAAAGUGCAGGCUCGUAGGGCUUUCUCUGCCUAUCUACAGCAUGUUCAGCUGCGAUUGAUGAAGGAUGCUGGUGACCAGUUCCAGAAUGCUGCCUGGGCUGCAAAAGAAGAUGAGCAAAUGGAGCUCGUGGUACACUUUCUGAAGCGAGCUGCCAGCAAUCUUCAGAAGUCCUUGAGGAUGCUGCUUCCCAGCCGUCAUUUAGGACUAAAUGAUCGUCGUCGUAUCCUGGCUCACCAGUUGGGCGAGUUCAUAAUCUGUUAUAACAAGGAGACAGAACAGAUGAUUCAGAAGCGAUCAAAAAAGAAACAGGAAGAGGAAGAGGAGGGAGUGAAUCCUGAAGGUUUUCAGAAUUUUAUUACCAGAGCAAGUGAGAGAGACUUGGAAGAAGUGCUGACAUUUUACACACAAAAAAAUAAGUCAGCAAGUGUCUUCCUUGGAACAAACUCCGGGACCACAAAACCCAGGAACACCAGUAACCAGUCAGAGAAUCAGCCUCAGGGGGACCACCCUGAGGUGAUGAAAAAAAUAAAAGGUGAUCAACCCAAAGGUUCAGUUGCAGAUCUGCCUGUAGAAGGAAGAGUAAGAGACUGUAAACCCAAAGAAGUGAAAUCAACCUAUCCAGAAAGAUCCACCUUCUCUUUAAAUGCUGAAGUGAAAUUACCUCGGUGCUGCCCUCCUAGUGCUGCUUCCUCUGCUUCUGGUGCCACGUUCCGGAAAAGUACCAGUUCCCAGUUACCAUCUCAACCUGCAGCCUCUGGAAAUCCACAGGUGCCUGGUCACUGUUCAUUGCUGACUCCUCCAAGUGGUCUAAGGCUAAUUCACUCCUCAUCUUCCCUACCUUCUUCCCAGAGCCAGAGCACAGCCACUGACUGCUCUUCUGUCUUCACAAACCCAGCAUCCAGUGAGGCUUCUGGCCUUGCAGGGUUACAUCGUUGUUCUGGUAGCUACACCAUUGGCCCACUCUCAUCUUUUCAGAGAGCUGCUCAGAUCUACAGCCAAAGACUGUCCCGAUCAACCUCUGCAAAAGCAGGUUUGCGCCACCGCAGUCCAAGUGGGCAGCGUGUGAACUCUGUCAUGAUGAACAAAGGUACAGAAGAUGCUCCUUCCCUGGGCAAACGUUACAACCCCGGUAUGGUAGCAGCAGAACUGCAGCAGCUGGCAGAAAAACAAGCAGCUUGUCAGUAUUCCCCACCAAGCCACAUCAGCCUCCUUACACAGCAGUUAACAAGCUUGAACUUAGCAAGUGGAGCUGUAGGCAAGGGGAAUGCAGCUGUGGGUCCAAGCUACCGAUCAGCGCUCAACAGAAAAGGGCCAUUGUGGGCUGUUCAGUCAGACACUCUUACAGAUGACAGAAGAUGCAUCUCUUCAGCAGUCAGGGCUCCAGAGAGUGAUCGUUUUGCCUGGGAGGGGGAGGUGGAGAACAAUGUCUACAGCAAAGUGACACGGAGUCCACUGGCACACCCCAACUAUCAGCUGAAUUUAGCCGUACAGCAACUUCAGCAGCAAAAACUUCAGUCACGACAGCUAUUGGAGCAAAGCCAAGCCCGACACCAGGCUCUCUUUGCCAGCUACUCGCAAUCCAGCACGAGCCAUGUACCUAUGUCACCUGGCUCUGGUGCCCACAAGACAUCAAGUGCCACUUCUAGUAUCCAGAAGGCAGCCAGUUUGCACAAAGUGAUGCCAUCCCAGUGUACACCUUCUCAGCUGGUUCCAAAGCCUCCAGCAAACCGCAGACAGGCAGUGGUCAGAAAAACUGCAGCCCAGAGGAUUUCCAAGGUGACCUCCGUUGAAAGGCAACUUAACGGAUUCCAGAACAGCCUUCGCAGUGCUGCAUCCUGUGAACCAGGCUCAAAUUCCACAGCUUCUGCUUGCAGAAAAGGACUAGCAUUGAACACCAUGAGGAAUCCAGAGUCUUGCGUCCAAGUAUGGGGCAAAGGAAAGAAGCAGCGGUGACUUCAGACUACCACACUCCUAUAACAUCCAGGGCAGGGUGAACUGAGGAGUCCCUGCUGAGAGGACAAGCUACAGAGGAGAGUACCUGAACAUCUGUGGAAGCUGGAGGUGCAGCUGUAAGCUGAUGACUGUCUCUGAUAACUUCUGCUGCUGAGCCUGGGGGUCUCUUCCAACUCUUCUGAUCACUAACUGUGAGAUCUUUUUAUAGCACAGAGGUUCUCCACCUGUCUGUAUUGUUUCUCUCAAGGUCCAAGUUUGAAUGUAAAGAUUUCUCAUUUGCGCAGCCAUUUCAGUCUGUCUUAGUCUGGUAACAGCCAGUAUUCUUUGCUAUCAUCACAGCAACCAGCAGCAGAGAAAAAUAUUACACUAUAUGAGUAGAGACAUCCUUACAGUUGCCAUCUUGAAUUUUGGCACAGAGCCAUGGAAAUGCUCAGUUUGAAUAAAGUAAUUUCAUUUGUUUGUUUUGAUUAUAA